UUCUCCUCUUUCCCUCUCAGGCUAUGACAAGGGCCAGAGCCCUCAGAUCUCAGUCUGAGGACUCUGCUUCUGCCUUUAGUGCUGAGGACCUUAUGAGUAUAGAUUUGGCAGAACAGAUGGCUGAGGACUCUGAUGAGGACAUCACAGCAGCAGCCAGCAGAGGAGGAGGCCGAGGAAGAGGCCGCCGAGGAGGAAGAGGACAGAACUCAGCCUGGAGAGGGGGGUCUCAGAGAGGAAGAGGCACUGGUCUAGAGACUUCUACUCGAAGCAGAAGUUCAAAGGCCACUAUGUCAACACCUAGAAACAUGUCUAUUAUAGAUGCCUUUAAAUCUGCAAGACAGCAGCCGUCCCGAAAUGUUGCUGCUAAGAAUUAUUCAGAGGUGAUUGAGGUGGAUGAGUCAGAUUUGGAAGAAGACAUUUUUCCUACCACUUCAAAAACAGAACAGAGGUGGUCAAGCACAUCAUCAUCAAGCAAGCGCAUGUCCCAGAGCCAAAUAGCUAAAGGGGUCGAUUUUGAAUCAGAUGAGGUAAUAAAGUAA